UUUUUUUUUUUACUGAAGGGCCGAAAUGCUUGCCUGCCAGGUGCAAGUCAUGUUGGGUAGAAUUUUUAAUUGAAAGAUUUGAACAAAAUUAUUUAAUUAUUCUUGACAGUUUAAAGCGCUAAACGCUUUUUUACAGAGGCAUUACCCGUUUGUUUUACAUUUGAAUGCUCAUUCGUAUUCGUUGACCGACUUAAAAAUACAGCUGUGUUUGUAUUACGUGAGUUAACAAAACGCAACACACAAUACCGGCAUUACCGAGCCAGGUACGCUGGAAAACAUGGGUCCAUUUCUGCAAGAUAUAUUACGUUGCUUUCUGCACAUUUCAUGACCGCACUUUAAAAGUGAAUCGGCGGUUUUGAACGUAAACGCAAAUUUCUGAUGAAUGCGAAUCUGGCAACUUUUUAUUAAAUUGGUUGUUCACUGAGUGGCGUUAAAAAAUGUAAUGCUCUGUCAGGAUUUAAAAUAAUGUACUAAUCUAGAUUUAACCCUACAUUAAACCUAACCAGUAGCGUUUUCCGCUAUCGAGCAAAUUUGCUCUUUCACAAAAGCCAUAUAUAUAUAUAGAACAUUUUAUGAUGCCAAAAUCAAAAUGAGUUGGUUUACAAAUUAAUAAUUUACUCCUAUAAUCAUCACUACUGCCACUAGUGUUUGGAUACUGACUUCUAUAUAUAGGUACAUUUUUGGAGUUUUAGGUAGAGGCAUGAGGCAUCAUUGUUUUAUUGUUACUUUACAGCUUUAGAUAUUUCAGUGUUCAACCUUUCAGAUACAUAAAAGCCGUAACUUGCUUGGCGCCGUUACCAAGAUGGCUGCCAAGUGGACUCGCUUUCUUUUACAAAGGACUUUGAGCAUCACUAUUUGCAUUUGCUCAUACCAGAGCUGUGACUAGACUGGUCUCCAGAGUAUGGUCCGAUGUUACGCCUGCCGCAGUUUGUCUAUUUAGAGUAAGAGCAAUAAAAAUUUACACCUUUCAGUGGGAGAGGCCUGCACGUCAGAUGCUGUUAUGAUGACAUGCACAAUAGGUCAAUGUACUUUAAUAAUGUGUAAGGAAAUAACGCAACCCAGGCACCGAAAGGUUGCCCACUCAGCCCCAAAAAACCUGGCGCGUCGAGCUAGUGUUGCUAUAGUUUUUAUCGUCAAUACACUCGAGGAUUAUUACCAUCUGCUUACUCACCCUGACCGUGAAGAAUGUUGAUCUCUCAAACAGAGAUUAUUGGAUGGUACACUUUGAAACGGUCAAAGUAAAGAUGUUCUGGUGCGCAGCACUGUGAGCAAAGUCAGGUGACACACUGAGUGUUUGUGUUAGCCUUCUAUGGCUAAGUCUCCUCUGUCCACAGGUCAGAACAGGGUUUCAUCCUGAUUAGGGUGGACACAGUAUUAUAUUCUAUAGAUAGCCUGCGUAGAUGCAGCCCUGGACGGUUGCUGUCAACCCCGCUGGUGCUGUGUCAUCACUUUCAGGGCCAAAUAUGACCCACUUUACUGACACAGUAAAGCUAAUCUCACUUUAGCCAGAAGCAGUAGCUCUUAGUGUCGUUCUGAAUAAAAAGCGAGCGGUUCUAGCCAAACGAUACGACGCGUUCCAUCGACACGACCGGAAUAGAGGUGCAGUGUUCCUGCAUGUGCCGUUCCGUUCCGUUGUGUUGAUCUGGAAUGUUAUCCACCCGCACCGGUGCUAAAUAUAGCGCAAUGGACACAAAAAAUUAAAAAAAGAUUACUGGCAUAUAUCCCUCAUGGCUUCAGUGGUUCUGUGGAAGCGUCCCACUCGGCAUGACCCAUAAAAACAUGAAUGUUCGUGUUGGUUAAAUAGGUUUAUGUUGAUUAAAAUGUGGUCUUUUUUUUUGAGACUGGCCCAGGCCUUUGGUCGUGUAUUUCUCCUCGUGUAAGUUCUCGUUCUCAAGUGCAGCAGGAAGGUGACGAUAAACCCUAAAUGAGACUAAAGGUGUUAAGCAGGUGAAAGCAGCCUUUGCUUGGACUGAUGUAAGUGGAAUUGAGCUGAAAGGAGAAUAUGGUCAGUGUAGUCGAGAGAAGCCGUGUGAACGACCAUGAGGUUGCAGUUCCCACAGUUGGCCCUACGGCGGCGACUAGGCCAGCUGAGCUGCAUGUCCCGGCCUACUGUCCGCCUUCGCUCAUGGCCUCUGUCCAUCCUCUACUACAUCUUGCCCUUUGGAGCACUUAAACCUCUUGCCAAAGUAGGCUGGAGGCCCACAAGCAGAGUUACAAUCUACAAGUCUAUACCCACAAGACUUCUCUCCAGAGCCUGGGGUCGCUUGAACCAGGUGGACCUGCCAACUUGGUUACGGAAACCCAUCUUCAGAUUGUAUAUAUGGACUUUUGGAGUGAACAUGAAAGAAGCGGCCAUAGAGGAUUUACAGCACUACAGAAACCUGGGCGAGUUUUUUAGACGCAAACUCAAACCUCAGGUCCGGCCGGUGUGUGACUCGCACUGCGUGAUCAGCCCAGCUGAUGGUAAAAUCCUUCAUUUUGGUCGUGUGAAGAACUGUGAGGUGGAGCAGGUGAAGGGAGUGACCUAUUCGCUGGAAACCUUCCUCGGGCCACGCAACUGGGCCGAGAAUUUAUCUGCUAACAGAAAUGAGGAUGACCCUGGUACGUACCAGGACGCCCUGGUCACUAAAGAGGGGAAUGAGUUGUUUCACUGUGUAGUGUACCUGGCUCCAGGUGACUACCACUGCUUCCACUCACCUACGGACUGGAGGGUGGCACACAGACGCCAUUUCCCAGGUUCUCUGAUGUCGGUGAACCCGGGAGUUGCGCGUUGGAUCAAGGAACUUUUCUGCCAUAACGAGCGGGUGGUCUUGAGCGGGGAGUGGACGCACGGCUUCUUUUCACUCACCGCUGUAGGAGCAACAAAUGUGGGCUCUAUACGCAUCUAUUUUGACAAGGAGCUCCGCACCAACAACCCUCGGUACAACAAAGGAACUUACAAUGACUUCAGCUACGUCACGAACAACAACCGGGAAGGCGUGAGCAUGAGGAAAGGAGAACACCUUGGAGAGUUCAACUUGGGCUCCACUAUUGUACUGUUAUUCGAAGCUCCACGGGAUUUUACCUUUAAUUUGAAAGCAGGCCAGAAGAUCCGUUUUGGAGAACCUCUCGGGACAAUGUAACGGCCAACGAGAGGGGAGCGGAAUCUGAUGACGGACACGCUAAUCUGUGUGCAGAUGCAUUCAGGGUCUCAAAAACUAAUACACUCACAUUUGCAGAGAUGUGCUCUGUUUAAACUGAGAUACAUGUGCAUUCAUAUGUACUCAAUCAACCACCACUGUUGCAUUAUUGCCAUUGGGUUCUCACAACGUCGUUUCGUUAGGGUACAUAGGGGUAUUUUUGUUGUCGUUGUAAGAUAAGCAAAGCUUAGACCAUCACGUUGUAAAGUAUUUGUUUACCACGAAAUGCCAUCCUGACUUUUUUUUUGGCUCUAAAUUAUUUUUCUAUUUUGUUUUAGUAAAACGAUUGUUUUGUUUUUGUGUUCGCCCAUAUUGCCUUUGGCUUGAGUCAACCUGCGUGAAGGGUUUGAAGAGUUCAGGCGCAGCUAACUCUGCAAGCGUUGGGAAUAUGUGAGAGUCUGUCACUAUUUGGGACCAUCGUAUUUCACAAUGCUUUUCUUUAAAAACCGGGCUCUCCGUCCAACUUUUGCUCUUCACGAAGGUGCAAGCCAUUUUGACAGUAAGAUCUUGGCCACAUUUACUCGCUAAGAACGAGUUUUGGAAAAGACAGGCGACAACUAUCACUGCCGUUGUUCUCUGGCGUUGAAUUAUGCCUUUGCUUGUUGGUCUAGCAGCUAGUUGGGAGAUAAAUGUUAAGUAUUAUGCUGUCUCAACUUGAUUAGUGCCAAAACACAAGAUAUAUUUUUACUAACACGUUUUUUUUUUCCCUUUUGAUAUGAAUCAAGUUCUUGUGAUUUUAUGGCUUCUAUUUUUCGUUCUUGGGCUUUUCUUUUGUUAACCAUCACCCGGCAAGUUCAACAGACAAGUUCUACACCUUGAGCUGAGGAUAAAGACCCUCCGGACCCCCCCUGAUCUGGACCAUAAUCUGUAUGAGGAUUAGGGAAAGGACUUUGCUUUGAAUGUGUUAAAAACACUGGGCUUUUCUGUGCACUGGGCCACACUUCUUUUGGAGAAAAAGUCUUGUUAAUUCAAUUCAUGUAACAUAGACAUUAAUUUCAAACUAGUUCAGAGCGCAAGAAACAUGUCAUUAAUAAAUUUUGAAGGUUAUUUAAAA